CGCACUGCUUUGCGCCCACGCCGCGUCCUCAAGGAAGAGACCGACCGGCCACCAGAGACCCCUCGCCCCCUUGCCAGCUGCUCGGGAAGAUGGGCAAGCGGGCUUCCAAUGGUGGCACCGACGGCGCAGCCGCCUUUCGCAAGCGCCAGAAACUCGCCCAUGAGGCUCCCUCGUCCGAAGACAUCGAGUCGAGCGAUCAGCUGAGGCGCCUGCUGGCCUUCGACCAAGAUCUACGACGGGCCCGACAUGGACUUCAAUCGUUCAAGAAGCUUCUCGACGAAGCCAUCGCUGGCGACGGCGACCGCAAAGCCAAGCUGGCUAUCCUGCAGCAGUAUCUCGAGACGGUGAAGCCCAAGGACGCCGCAGACAACGAUGACGCUGUAUUUCUCGGCGAUGUAAUGGAGAUGUGGUCCUUUGCGGCUCAGGUCAACGACGACGGCGUCAUGUCGUCCGUCGCCGUUGUCCUCGCUCUGCUCCUCCAAGCCGUCUCUGAACAUCUCCAUCUUGUCUCCCAUGGCCUCGGAAUUUGCCGUACCCUCCUUCAAGAGCGGCAGCUCAAGUCUCUGUCCAGAAACCUGUCGGCUGAGAAGGGGAAGGGCUUCGUCAUCUCGCCCACACUGCGCCUGCUGCGGGAGGCAGUCUGCCUGGACGGUGGCGCCUACGCCAGAAGGAUUGUCCGCGAGAGGUCCUACACGUUCGCGUCUCUGGGGCGCAAUCUCGAGAUAGGUCACACUGGUGACGGGCAAGAAGACUUGCGGCGAGCGUCCGUCCGAACCAACGCCCUGAGGUUCUUCCUCAGCUGCCUCAAAUAUCUGCACCCGGAAGGGCGGAGAGAGCUGCUCUCACAAAGGGAACUCCUGUCCCAUCUUACGUACAUGAUCAAGGGCGAUCCGCCAUACCUUGUCAUCGAGAUUCUUGACACUCUCAAAGCUUAUGUCCUGGCUGAGACCAAGAUUCCCCGAGAUGUCAAGUUCAAGAGUUUCAAUACGAAAUCACUCCUGCGGUUCCUCGCACUCUAUAACUACUCAUCACCAACCAAUAGCCCGGACGAUCGAGACGCUGUCAUCGAAAAGGCCCAUCAAUUUCUAAUGUAUGUAUGCACAACGCCGGUUGCCGGCGUUCUAUAUCCAUACAAGGGUUUGUAUCCCAAGGAGUCAGACGAGGAAACGGCAAGCCGCUCGUCCAAAGGGCAGGUUGGUGCUGCCACUGACUCCUGGGAGGGGCGGUUUCAACAAGGCAUUCCGGUAUUCAACUUUGUCUUGUCCGAGUUUGCCGCCAAACUGCGUCCGUGGUCCAGCUUGAAGCACAGCGAGCUUCUCGUGGCCAUGUUUACUGCCGCCCCGGAGCUCAUAGCCGACUACUUCUACAACAACCGAUCUUUCACCUUUGAGCCGAAACUGUCCAUGACAUGGAUCGGAUAUGCCGCCUUCCUCUUUAGCACCAUGACUUUACCGCUCCUCCCUGCAUUCGGAGACCCCUUGCGCUACGCAAACCUGCCGCCGCCUACCUCUGUUCUUCUUGAUAACAUUCUUCCGCCAGCAAUCAACGAGAAGGUUCUCGUGCGGUGUCUGUCGCCCAAGUCCCAUCUCACAGCCUUCUUUGCCACAAGGAUUCUUGUCGCCGCGCUGGAGAAGCUCAAAGCCGCGGUCGUGAUGCUCCAGAGCAGCUCGUCCCGAAGCCACAGCACUCUUUGGUCCACAGCUGUGCGGCGCUUGGUUGACGCAUUUUGCCAGCGAAUUCCAGACAUGAAGGAGGUUGUUCGUUGCUACAAAAGCAUUCCACCCGAGAAUGUCUUGCAAAGAGCCCUAGCGAGCCGGUCGCUGCGCUUAUACUACGAGGUGAUUCCCCGAGUGGCUCUCGCCGCAAACUUCGACGUCUCUCCCUUGUUCGUGGACAUCCUCAAGUCCAUACAUCAAGACAAUCAUGGGGCUGGCACCAAAGCUUUGGCCACAAUGGAACUCGAAAACCUUGUAUCCAUUGCUAGCUAUUCGCCUGGCAUGAGAUGGUUCACAAAGGUUGAGGGUCUUGGGCAGGGCACGUCAUUGUCAGCCUUUACCGCGCUUCUGCGACUGCUGUGUGAUGGCGAUCGUGACAGUCCCGAGGACCAAUUAAAGGAGACACUAUCCGACGUUGCAAUCGAGAAUCAGCUUGUUUCAAAGUCAGCGGGGUUGCAGCCUUUACUCAGGGCUCUGCAAUGCACGGCCGAAGAUGCAAAGGUCAAGGACAUGAGUUGCGUGUGGUCUUUACUCGACAAUUGCAUAAAUCGAUGUGCCACAUCACCCAUCAAGUACCUGGAUCAGCUUCAGAGCUAUUCGGCGGACGAUACCGGCUCGGCCGAAGCUCACGUAUCACUACUAAGUGUUGCCCUGGUUGAGCAGACGCCAUACGCAACAGAUGCCGCGGACCACAACACAGCUCGCACUCUUGGGCGGUUUCUGUCUUUGUAUUUCAGUGCAUGUCACCUCUGGGACGGAAGUGGAGCACUUUCAGCGGUGUUGCAUGAGAAAGUUGGCGAGCACAUGACGUCCAAAAAGGUCAAGCUCUCGGCUAUCAGCAACAAAGCGGACGUUGAAAGAUUGCAAAAGGCUGGCACCGUGUCGACGCCCAGAGCAGUCGCUGGUCACAUCGUGGACAGCGACUCGUCCACUAUGAAGGAUGUCUCAUUGCAGGAGAUGCUGCAAGCCCCUUUGAUGGAGGCUGGCGAUGCUGGCGCUCUCGUAAAGUGGGCAUCGAAGAGCGUUGAGGAUUUCGUGGAAGAUGGAUGGGCUGCGAAUCUUGUGCGCCUUCUGUCGUCGGAACACACGAGCAUCCGCAAGGAAGCACUCGUCAACAUCUUAAAGAUGGCUGCACAGAUCAAAGAGUCGUCGUAUGAGGAAAAGACACAGAUGUGGCUGCUCCUGUCGGAGGUUGCCGAGUCUUCGAGAGCGCAGCUCGAAGUCGGGCCAGUUCCCUCGGCCUUCGUGGCUUUUACUGUCCACUCCAUCGACAUCUUGAGAAACCCGCUGCAUCCGCUAUACCCAAAAGUCAAUUCCUUUCUGACGCGCAGCCCGGUGUGGUCGCUGGAAAAGCUACCGCUUGCGCACGACAUUCUUCACGGGGAGCCCUCGGAAGACGACAAGUAUUACGCGGAGCUCGCGUGGCUCCUGACCUACCUCUUGGACAGCCUAAGAACACCGUUCGAUCUGGGCGUCUUCCACAAGAAAAAGUGGUUCGAAAAGAUCCUUGCGCUGGGCAGCAAUCCGUAUCUGAGGUCCCAUCUGCGGACGAGGAUUCUCAAGAUUAUAUACAGGGUCACAUGCAUCGAGGCGGGCAGCACCACUCUCGUGACAAGGUUUGGGGUCAUGAGCUGGCUAGAUGCCCAGCGAGCAGCCUGCGCCGUCGAGGAUGAGGCUGCGGUGUUCAGGCGGCUGAUUCAGAGGGUCUGGGAGACGUGCGACCAGCAACGCGUCACGGCUUGGAGUAACGGCGGCAUCGUCAAGGCAUUUGGGGCGCUUUUAGCGGCCUAGUUACAUGGAGAUGUGAAAAUGGAAACGAGACUACAAUAUCCAAGGGCCUCGGUCCCCGACGUGACCCUACAUAAAUUGCUUGCCGCCCC